CGAAACUUGGCAGUGGUGGCCUGGCUGGACUCGAGGAGCCUUCGAAAUCGAGUGUAGUGGCUCAGUCAGUGUUGGAUCCAGGUGAAAGAAUCACCAUGUUGUCUGCGGCAGUAUUCCUGGCUCUAGUGGCCCUUGGUCAUUCUCAGAUUCACCCAGAAGUAACCUAUUGCGAAUAUGAUGAAGGCAUACAGACAUACCCUCACCCAACCUCCUGCAAUGAAUUCUACUUGUGUGUGAACGGCACCUUGACCUACGAGUACUGUGAGAACGGGUUACUCUACGACGGCAAGGGGAGUGUUUAUAAUCACUGCUACUACCACUGGGGCGUUAACUGCGAGGACCGAAAGGCUGAUUUGACUCCCCUGGGUCAAGGGAAUUGCGAGUACCAGUUCGGUCUGUACGCUGGUGGACCGUGUGAGACCUACUUCCUCAAAUGCGUGUACGGAAACCCCAUCGACGAGCCCUGCACACCUGGCCUCGUGUACGACGAAAAAAUUCAUGGUUGCAACUGGCCCGACCUGGUGGAGUACUGCAACCCUUCAGACAUCGUCGGCUUCACCUGCCCCAGCUAUGUGGACUCAAAGGAUCCAGCGGCCAAGUUCUUGCCCUUCCCUAGGUAUCCUUCAGGAGACUGCGGCCGCUACAUCGUGUGCGUGGACGGCCAACCAAGGCUCGUCGGGUGCGGAGACAGUACGGUCUUCGACGAGGAGACACUGUCCUGUCAAGACCCGAAAUAUGUACCUAAGUGCUCCAACUACUUCAAGUAACUCACAAGUUUAUAAGUGAAGAAAGGGGCAGGCGAAGAAAGAUCCUGAAACUCUCUCUCUCAUUGGCCAAGACACUGCCAAGAUGUCCCUACAUAGAUUAUCAUCCCGAAGAAAAGUUUUAUUUGAUAUUAUUAGAUUUUCUAUAUUUUUUAUUUAUUUUUCUCUUCAUAUCAGUUAUGUUUUUAUUUUAUCUUUUCGAUAUAUAUAUAUAUAUAUAUAUAUAUAUAUAUAUAUAUAUAUAUAUAUAUAUAUAUAUAUAUAUAUAUAUAUAUAUAUAUAUAUAUUACUGUCAUGAGAAUCUGUACUUUUUAUGUAUCAAUUGGUCAUUAUCUUCAGUGCCAUUCAUCAGCUGUACGACUUGAGUAAUAAUAUCCUGUUAUCCUCAACUUACUCAAAUAUAUGGAAAUCAGAUCAACAGA